UCUCGUGGAAACUACCCGGCCGUCGAGAAAGCGAGCGCAAGUGCGCGGCAGAACCCGGGAACAAAUUCCAAGUAUCUGACUGUGAGACCGCAGGGAGAAACGUCAGUCGCCUCCCUUUUCAUCCCCGCGCAGAUGCAAACAAGAGCCACCAACUCUCCCUUCUCGCAAUGCAUCUCGCCGUGCUGCUCCCCAUCUCCUCCUUGCUGCGCUUGGCGGUAGCCACCACCAACUGGACCGGCAGCAACGCGAGCUGCGCGCCGGCGAGAUGCGGGGACAUGAUGAUCACGUACCCGUUCUCGCUCGGCGGCACGCAGCCGCUGUACUGCGGUUACCCGGCCUUCGAGCUGACUUGCGACGGUGGUCGCGCAUACCUCGCAAGAGCGUUCAGGGAGCAACUUUUCCGUGUCGACAGUAUCUCCUACGACAACAACUCGCUGGUGGUGACCGUCGAGACGACCUUCGCCGGCGACAAGACAUGCCACAUCCCGGACUUCAACGUGUCCUCCGGCCUCGCCCUCUUCCCGCUCAACAUCAGCCGCACGAACAAGAACCUCACAUUCGUGUACAACUGUGAGGUUCCUCGUGGCGAGCAACUGUCACGGCUGUGUGCGAACCACACAAUGGGAGCUUACAUCUCUGAAAGGCCCGACGGCGAGGGCAGCCGGCCGCAGUGGGUUCAGACGAACUGCAGCUCUGUGAGCGUGCCGGUGCGGGGGUCAGGUCGUGAUUACGAGCGAUUGAUCAGAGAGGGUUUCCUCUUGGAGUGGCCACCGAUACGAGACUGCGAUGCGUGCACGGGGCGCGGUGGGGAGUGCAGGUUCGUUGAACUUGCGUUCCAGUGCGCCUGCCCCGACGGGCGGCUCUGCUCCAAUUCCUCGGCUACUUCUCGAGAAAGAGGCGGCUUGGGAAUCAAAAUCGGGGCAGGAAUCGCAGCAGCUCUGCUGUGUCUGAUCAUACUUGGCACUGUCUUUCUGUUCACGCUACACAAGCGAAGGAAGACGAAACGAUCUGCGUCACUGGCCGGCCUCGUCAGUGAAGGCACGCCGUUGGCAUCGCUCAGGAAAGAGUUCAGCAUCACCGGCUCGCCCCGUACCCACAUCUUCACUUACGAGGAACUCGACGAGGCCACCGACGGGUUCAGCUACGCCCGCGAGCUCGGCGUCGGCGGCUUCGGCAUAGUGUACAAAGGGACCCUGCGCGACGGGAGCGUGGUGGCGGUGAAGCGGCUGUACAAGAACAGCUACAAGGGCGUGGAGCAGUUCCUGAACGAGGUAGACAUCCUGUCGCGGCUGCGCCACCCCAACCUUGUCACGUUCUACGGCUGCACCUCGCAGGGCAGCUCCCGCGACCGCGACCUCCUCCUCGUCUACGAGUUCGUCCCCAACGGCACGCUCGCCGACCACCUCCACGGCGCGCGCGCGCAGGCGCAGCCCCUCUCGUGGCCCACACGCCUGGGCAUCGCCGUCGAGACGGCCAGCGCGCUCGACUACCUCCACGCGGUGGAGCAGCAGGUCGUGCACCGCGACGUCAAGACCAACAACAUCCUCCUCGAUGACGCGUUCCACGUGAAGGUGGCCGACUUCGGGCUGUCCCGGCUGUUCCCGCCCGACGCCACGCACGUGUCCACCGCGCCGCAGGGCACGCCGGGCUACGUCGACCCCAUGUACCACCAGUGCUACCAGCUGACCGACAAGAGCGACGUGUACAGCUUCGGAGUGGUGCUCGUGGAGCUCAUCUCCUCCAAGCCGGCGGUGGACAUGAACCGGACCGGCGGCGACGUGAACCUGGCCAACAUGGCCGUGCACAUGAUACAGUGCUACGAGAUCGACCGGCUGGUGGACCCGCAGCUUGGGUACGGGGCGGACGGCGAGACGAAGCGGACGGUCGAUCUCGUCGCCGAGGCGGCGUUCCGGUGCCUGCAGCCGGAGCAGGACGUGAGGCCGCCGAUCAGGGAGGUCUUAGACGUGCUGAGAGAGGCUCAGAGUAUGGACCAGGCUAGAUGUGUCAAGGACGAUGACGUGGGGUUGCUGAAGAAGAGCAGGGACGGCUCGCCUGACUCCGUCAUGUACCCGUGGAUAAGCCCGUACACCACUGCCAAUAACAGCAGUUGAGAGUUCAGAAAAUAUUUUCUGUCAGUGACUUGUGUGCAGAAUCUGUAAAUUCAUAGCCUUAUGCUAUAGCAAUUGGUAACCUGUUGUAAAUUGAUACAUGUGUUCAGGGCCUAAUGUUAGUGUCUUUGUCAGGGAGAUUGAAGGAUUCACGCCAA